CGGACAUCUGAACAAAGAGAGAUAAAAGCUUGAGAGAGCAAGGGAGCGGAGGGGGGAUCACCACAGAAGAAGAGAGAAAAUAAGAAAAGGCCAUGGCUGAGGGAAUGAUUGCUUCUCCAAGUGAGCCGUGACAGAAUGGUCGACUGUAUGAGCAAAGCCAUGCUGCAUCCGGCCGCUUCAUGCUGGCAUCCAUUCCUGGGACUGGCCCUGAUGGCCGUCUUUGUUGGUUCAACCCUGGGGUGCCCCUCGCGCUGCGAGUGCUCAGCCCAGAGCAAGGCAGUCAUAUGCCACCGUAAGCGCAUGCCGAGCAUCCCGGAUGGUAUUCCUAUCGAGACGAGGAUCCUUGACUUGAGCAAGAACAAGUUGACGAUGAUCAACCCUGAUGACUUUGCUACUUUUCCAGGGCUGGAGGAGCUUGACCUCAGCGGAAACAUUAUCAGUUAUGUGGAGCCCGGAGCCUUCAACGCCUUGUUUAACAUGCACUCGCUCAGUCUCAAGAGCAACCGGAUCAAACUCAUCCCGCUGGGCGUCUUUGCAGGCUUAAUGAAUCUCACCCGGCUAGAUGUCAGCGACAACAAGAUUGUCAUUCUCCUGGAUUACAUGUUCCAGGACCUACACAAUCUGAAAUUCCUGGAGGUGGGAGACAAUGACCUGGUUUACAUUUCACAUCGAGCAUUCAGUGGACUUUUAAGCCUAGAGAUACUUACCUUAGAAAGGUGCAACCUGACAGUUGUGCCAACAGAGGCGCUCUCUCACUUGCACAACUUAGUCAGCCUCCAUCUCAGAUAUCUCAGUAUCAGCACUUUGCACCCCUAUUCUUUUAAAAAGCUAUUCCACCUGCGGCACCUGGAGAUUGACAGUUGGCCCUCACUCGAAGUUGUGCCCGCCAAUACACUGCAUGGCCUCAACCUGACCACCCUCUAUAUCACCAACACCAACCUGUCCAGUUUCCCCUAUCAAGCACUCACACAUCUUCCCUACCUAACACAUCUCAACCUGUCAUACAAUCGCAUCAGGCACAUUGAAGCGGGGAUGCUGAUGGACCUGGUGCGUCUUCGAGAACUGCACCUGGUUGGAGCUCAGCUGUCCACCAUCGAGCCAUAUGCCUUUCAGGGCUUACGGUGGCUCAGGGUCCUCAAUGUCUCUCACAACCGUCUUGACACACUGGAGAAAAGCAUCUUUCAGGCUCCAGAGGCUCUGGAGGUACUUUUAAUUGACGACAACCACCUGGUGUGCGACUGCCGCCUCAUGUGGAUCCUACAGAAAAGGCACUCCAUUUUCUUUGGGGAAUCUCAGCCAGAGUGUAGUAUGCCUGAAGGGAUCCGUGGCAGGCCUUUAAAGGAGUUCAAAGAGACUUACUACGUGACAUGCACCAAGCCAAAAAUCCGGGAGAACAAAACACAGACGGUCACCGUUGAUGAGGGCCAGCAGGCGAUGUUGCGCUGCAGUGCUGAAGGGAAACCAAGGCCCAUUGUGUCCUGGCUUUCACCACACCGGCGUCUUAUCACCAGCAGGACCCAUGACAGAGUUACCGUCCACAUCAACGGCACGCUGGAGAUCAAGUCAGCCGAGGUACAAGAUAGCGGUGUGUACCUCUGCCUGGCAUCCAACACUGCUGGGAACGACACCCUGAUGACCUCACUGGCAGUAAAAAGUCUGGGAUCUCUGUAUGCAAACAGGACCCAGUACUAUACAGACCCAAACAAUACCACUGCCAAUGGAACAACCAAUGGGACCUUUGGUUUGGACCUCAAGACUAUUUUAGUGUCAACAGCCAUGGGUUGUUUCACAUUCCUGGGAGUGGUCUUGUUUUGUUUCCUGUUGCUCUUCGUGUGGAGCAGAGGGAAAGGGAAACAUAAAAACAACAUAGAUAUUGAAUAUGUGCCUCGGUCCAAGUCAAAUGGCACAAACAUUGACUCGGCAGAGGGACAAGCUGGUCCUCGUCGUUUUAACAUGAAAAUGAUGUGA